CUAGGAUUAGGGUUUAGGGUAUAGGGUUUGGGUUUAGGGGUUUGGAUUUAGGUUUAGAAUUUAGGGUAUAGGGUUUAGAAUUUAAAAUUUAGGGUUUAGGAUUCGCUGGAAACGUUACCGUCGCUAAAAUUAUCAUUUUUAUUUUAUAUAGCUAUUUUUUGUUCAUUUUAAUGUUUUUUAAUUAAUAAUCUAAGUGGAAAUUUGAUUGGUUAUAAAUGGUGGGGUGAAUUUAAAGGUUCACCCUAGAGGGUGAACCUAAGUUCUGUCCUAUUUUUAACGACCUUUUCCUGUAUACUUUUUUUUUUUAAAGAAACUUCCGAUUAAUUUGGAUUAUUUCUGUAUCAAUGUUAGUUUCUAUUUUCUAAAAUUUAUAUUGUCCGAUAUAUAGAAAUAGACCGACUAUCUGUUUAAUUGACACAUGUUUUACCAUUUGAUCACCCUCAACAUUUGUGGUAAGCUAGCUACUAAGCUGUUAAGUUUUGUAUAACGUUUUGAUGAAUCUAUAUGAUACUUUUCGCAUUGUAUAUGAAUCACUGAACUAGAAAAAAUUUAAAUUUGAUGCAUACAUAAUAUUAUCAUCUUCAGACAUGUGUUAGUAAGUAGCUUUGUAAGGAAACAUAAAACUGUUUUGUAAAAUUAAAACACAUCUAAAGAUACCACUUGUUUAUGAAAUAUCAGCUCAAAAGAUUAUUCGAAGGACAUGACCCCCAAGUUAAAUUAAAGAAAAACACACACCAACCAAAAAAAAUGAAAAGAGACAUUGCAUGUAGCUUAUUUAGUCACCUCCUUUUCUUUUGCCUAUAUCCUUCCAAUCAGUAAAACUCAAACCUCAUAUUGAUGCUAAAAAUAAGAAAAUCAACAAUAUUAGAAACCUUCAACGUUGUUUUCUAUAACCUUUGAAGCAUUCCCCUAUUCAAUCUCUCCAUCAAAAACAUAGAAACAAUCCGAUCAUUUGUUUCUGCUUCUUCAACAAAGAUACGUCACGAUGCUUCCUUUCUUCUUCUUCCUCUUGUUAUCGUUCUCAAUCUCUCAAGCUCUCCCUCCUCCUCGAGGUUUUUACUUAAACUGUGGAUCACCUUCCAUAACCAAACUCAACGACAUAAACUACACAUCGGACAGAGGAUUCAUCAACGUAGGAAACACGACGACAAUAAAACAAAAGGACCUUCUUCCAAUCCUCUCAACACUGCGUUACUUCCCAGACAAGUCAUCACGAAAACACUGUUACAACUUCCCCGUCGCCAGGAACUCAAAGUACCUUAUCCGAACCACUUACUACUACGGAAACUUCGACGGAAAAAACAGCCCGCCGGUGUUCGACCAGAUCAUUGGAGGUACAAAAUGGAGCGUUGUGAAUACAUCUGAGGAUUACUCCAAGGGUCAGAGUUCUUAUUACGAGAUCGUUGUUGGUGUUCCCGGGAGGACACUAAGUGUUUGUCUAGCCAAGAACGCAAAUACACUUUCCUCACCUUUUAUAUCGGCUUUAGAUGUGCAAUCUCUUGAGGAUACAAUGUAUAAUUCAACUGAUCUUGGGUUAUACAAGCUCAGCCUCAUCGCUAGGAACAGCUUUGGAGUAGAUGGAGAGAUGAUUAGCUAUCCAGAUGAUAAAUACAACCGUCUAUGGCAACCGUUCUCUGACAAGAAACAUCAGUCAGUGACUUCUCAAAGCAGUGUUAACCCAUCAGACUUCUGGAACAUUCCACCGGCUAAAGCUUUUGUGGAAGGCUUCACAGUGACUAAAGGGAAGGCUCUAGAGCUUAAAUGGCCGCCGUUUCCUCUUCCGGCCACAAAGUACUAUAUAGCUCUGUAUUUUCAGGAUGAUAGGAGUCCAAGCCCCUUGAGCUGGAGAGCCUUUGGUGCAUCAAUCAAUGGAGCUACCUUUUCAAGAAAACUCAAUGUGAGCACCAAUGGGGUUAUGGUUUACUCAGGUCAGUGGCCAUUGUCAGGUCAGACUACGAUCACGUUGACUACUGCUAAAGGUUCACCGAUGGGAGCAGUGAUCAAUGCUGGAGAAGUGUUUCAGGUUAUUCCCAUAGGUGGAGCCACUAAUAUAAGCGAUGUAACGGCGUUGGAAGACUUGUUAGAGAGCAUCGACGAGCCUCCUGUAGAUUGGUCCGGUGAUCCAUGCCUUCCUCUUGCCAACUCGUGGACUGGUGUAACUUGCUCCAAAGAAAAAAUCACCAAAGUGAUUUCUCUGAAUCUGACAAAUCGUGGACUAGCGGGCUCUCUACCACCAAGCAUUAGCAACAUGACUGCACUUAAAGAUCUAUGGUUAGGGAAGAACAAUCUCACAGGACCGAUACCAGAUUUGAGUCCAAUGACGAGAUUAGAAACUCUACAUUUAGAGGACAACCAGUUCAAUGGAUCGAUUCCAGAGUCACUUGCACAGCUCCCUAAUCUCCGCAUACUGUCCAUCAAGAACAACAAGCUUCAAGGUACAAUUCCUAGUGCACUCCUCCAGAGAAAGGGCCUAACUAUUCAGGCGUCUCCUGAGAACAUGCCAAGCACAAACAACACCGGGCCGAGUUAGAGUUGCUAACACUGAUAAGAUUCAAGUGCUCAUUAGUGAUAGAUCAGGGGACCUGUAAACUACAGGGUCAUUUGUCUUGGCCUCUAAAAUUGAACUACAUAGAUCUCAUGGAAGAAGGUUUAAAUCAAGGAAGCAUUUGGGCCAUGACAGUUCUACUUCUAAAUAACUGUAUUUAUUCCUUUUUAGUUCACGGAAACCAUUUGUAUAUAUUAUUGAACCACUGUUGACCUGUAGAGUAAUUUGAAGUAAGAGAUUGUAUUUUACCGCUUUAUAUUCUCUCUGUGGAAAACUGAAACAACCUAAACACAAAGAAGAGUUCCUAGAGUUUAUGGUUGCUCAAGACCUGAUACAUAUAGAACAGUAGUUUCCUAUUUGGGUAGUAUUGAUAAAAAGAAGAAGCCAUUAUCCGAACAAGAAUCAGUAGUCUCUGUCUGUCUAUACCUCCAAUCAGCUUGUUUGGG